AUGAACAUCAACCUCGAGGAGGCGCUCGACGAGUUUGACCUGCGUUACCUCGAGAGCUACCACCAGGUCACAGCGAAGAUGGCUCUGCUGGGCCUUGGACCUGCUCCCGAACUGCCGCUGAGACUUCUGCUGCCGCUUUUGCCCUCGCAAAACGACAACUACAUGUUUCACGCUGGCUCCAUCCUGGCGACGCCGGCCAAACCACAUCCAUUGGCUCAAAGCGCCCUGGGUCCAAUGGCCAAAUCUGGUCAAUUGGCCAAUAGCACACACAAUUCCUCAGCCGCAGGGCACGAGAUCGAGGAAUUGAACAUCGCCUUUGACGAGGAACCCAGUAGUUUACAAAAAGACCAUAAUGAACAGGCCGACCCGAGGCCUGAGUUGGCGCACCGCGCUCUGGCGCCAGAGUGCCAGUGGCUCGCGGUGGAGAUGGCCGGGCGGCUGUUUGUCGUGGUGGACACUCCGCGGACGCUCCAGCGGCUGCUUCUGGCGCUGUCUCUAGUGCACAAGGCGCUGCGCCGGCCUCAGAACCGCAGGACGCCUACGAACGUGGGGAAUCCUUUUUACAAAAGCAAGUCCCCCCGCCGCCGCCGUGGUCUUUUUGACGACGCCUUUGAGCGCUACAAAAUGGAGUGCUAA